AGUUUAGCAUACUAGUUUUGACAGCUCUAAAAGUAAACACGUCACGUCGAUGGUCGAUCGGGACACAAAUUUGUUUCGCAAAUUUCAAUUUUUUUUGUGAUAUUCGGAUAUUUUAAAGUUUGUAAACAUGAGUGCGAUAUUCAACUUCCAAAGCUUGCUGUCGGUGAUUCUGCUGAUGAUCUGCACCUGCGCCUACCUCCGAUCACUCUUCCCGAGCAUCAUCGACCGUAAAAAGACCGGAAUGUUGGGCAUUUUCUGGAAGUUGGCGCGUAUUGGCGAACGGAAGUCUCCCUGGGUUGGCCUGGCCUGCGUCCUUAUGGCAGCCUCGAUACUGUUUUACACGUAGAUUAGGAAGUUGCAUUUACGAUAUUUUUCAAAUUGAUUAUUCUGGCAUUGAAAAUUGUAUGAAAGUCUUAACUGUAUCAUAUGCAUGUAAAAAAAGCAGACAAA